AUGGCGUCUUCCGGCGACACCAUGUAUAUGGCUUCGUAUCCUCCUCACCAACCCCAGAAUCAGCCUCAUCACUAUCCCGUGAACGUCGAUAUGGCCAGGGGUUUGGGUAGCAACAACCCCUACCAUCGCUACAUCUCUCCUUCUCCUACUCCUUCUCCUACUCCUUCUCCCUCUUCGUCCACUUCGACUCUCAACUCUCUCAGUUCUCAACGCUCGUCUUCUCUGCCUUCGGUCUACUGGUCUGGUGAACUCGAACACCAGCCAGUAGAGCCAAGGAGAAGACGUAACCUUCCAACGUAUCACCAUAGGUACGCUCAAGGCAACCGCAAUCGCGCCAGUUACCCACGCGGAUCGCUUCUUGUCAAUCCAGAUGUCAUUGAUCGCCUGGACACUGCGGGUGUCUUCCAUUACCACCAUGAGAGCCCAUACGACGCCGUCUACGCGGAAAGAAAUCACGACGCCAAAACCAGCCCGAUUGCAGCUCUCGAAAAAUCCACCGAGGAGGCUCUCAAAGCGACGCCAAAGGACAAGAUCGCCGAUUGUCUCAACAGCCAUCGCCCCUUGGAUGGAGUCGCAUUCUAUCCUCCUGGAACUACAGACAAGGAAGGACGAACCUACGAGUACGAGGAGGGCACCAACAUGAUGAACGACUAUGGCAAUUUCGUUCGCUUCCCAGGCCUGAAAUUUACCGAAGAAGACUUCAGAAAGGAUCCAUUCUACAACGGCCCGCUUCCAAAGCCGUUCGAAAUUAUCCGCAAAGCAUUCAGCCGUCAUUGUCGCAGUUGGAAGCGCAGUAAAACCGCCUGA